CGCGUACAGCUCUCAGUCCACAUUGAAAUCCACAAUGAGCUUCUCAACUUGUGCAGCUUCAACAAACCCCAGCUCCUUCACAACCUGUAAAGGGGGUUUAGCUGUCCACCACGGCUGCAACUCUCGAAAUCCGCAUCGAUUUGAAAUUAAUCCAAAAUACAAAUUCCAUUUUCUCCCCUUCGACUUCCCCCUUGAGAAAGGAUCUAUUUAGAAAUGCAACUAAAGUUUGUUUUUCAAAGUGUGAUUUAUCCGGUAGAGUUCCACACUUCGGAACUACCUUCAUUUUGGCGCAAUAGAUAUGAUGUAGGAAUCGGGGGAGGGAUGAAUCAGGCUAAUGUAUUAGAAGCAAAAAGACAGUUGACCCCCUGCCCCCGUCUGAAACUUUAUUUUCGGAAAUGCAUGAUGCAAGAGCGGAGGAGGUAAGCGCAAGUUGUGUAGAGACAGAGCAUGGCUGCUAUGGAGCGCAUGGGAGUUCACGCGGUUGGAUGAUCGUCCCUGCAUAUUGAAGAAAGGAAGCGAGUGGGGCGGAGCACAGGCUGUGACCAACUUCCAGCUGUACUGACUGGAGGAGAAGGCAGUCUGUGUUUGUGAACCGGACACGUGUGUAGAUACUCGUGUUGUGUUAUCAACUUAUUGAUUGCCUUCAUAAACUGUUAUGACCUGGUGAUUUCUCGUUUCCCGAAGAAACUGGUGAAUAUCGCCUUUUGCAUUUAUUGAGUACAUGUGCCAUUUACUGGAUUGAAGACCAACAUGCCACAGGAAAAGAAAGUCCUACAGCCAUCUUUGCAAGGCGCUAUUGAUCUCACUGCGGGAGCUUCCGGUGGAGUUGCCUGUGUUUAUACAGGGCAACCUUUCGAUACUGUAAAAGUCAAGAUGCAGACCUUUCCUAACAUGUACAGAAAUGUGUUAGACUGUGCUGUGAAGACAUAUAAAGAACGUGGCAUUCGGGGAUUCUACCAAGGCACAACUCCUGCCCUAAUGGCUCAUAUAUCAGAGAAUGCUGUGCUGUUCCUGUCGUAUGGGUUUUGCCAAAGAGUAGUGAGAAGUCUAUCUGGACUGGACAGCAAAGCUGAGCUCAGUGAUAUACAGAAAGCAGCUUCUGGCUCAUUUGCAUCAAUAUUUGCCUCAUUGGCCAUUUGCCCAACUGAGCUGGUCAAAUGUCGACUCCAGGCAAUGCAUGAAAUGAAAUCUUCAGGAAAGCUAGCCAAAGGACAUCCCAGCACAGUUUGGGCAGUGAUUAAGAAUGUUUUGAAAACCGAUGGUCCUCUUGGCCUGUACCAAGGUCUGACGAGCACAUUGAUGAGGGAAAUGCCUGGCUACUUCUUUUUCUUUGGUGGCUACGAACUCAGUCGCACCAUUUUUACACGAGGAGGCCGCUCCAAAGACGAUCUAGGUCCUAUUCCCUUGAUGGUGAGUGGUGGUUUUGGAGGUGCCUGUUUGUGGAUUGCUGUUUAUCCAAUCGACUGCGUAAAAUCUCGUAUACAGGUCCUUUCAAUGGCAGGCCAGCAGGCUGGUUUCUUUAGUACUUUCAGAAAUAUUUUCAUGAAGGAAGGCUUGAAAGCAAUAUACUCUGGAUUAACACCAACAAUGAUACGUGCAUUUCCUGCCAAUGGUGCAUUAUUUUUGGCCUAUGAACUGAGUAGAAAAGCUAUGAUGGAUUACAUGAGUGACUGAUGUGUAUUCUAAGAAUGAUUGAAACCUUACUCCCAAGGAUUUGAUUAUGCUGCAAAAAGUCAAUUUAGGACUAGAUGUAAUGUAAAACUGGAUAUUUGAUACUGUACAUGGUAGGGUGCUUAUUAGAUCCAAAGAUGUUGUGGAUUUCUCAAAAGUAGCUUAAGUUAAUUUAACUAUCAAGCAAUUGUAACUUAAUUAUUGCCAAAAUUGUAAUGUAUUUUUAAAUUCAAAAAUGGUGUUCUAAGUUUCCAGGAAAAUAAAUCAACACCUAUAACUUACGCAAA